AUGGUUGUUCCGCGGUGGUUGAGUGGCGGUGGUGGCGAUGGCGGUGGUUCCGUUGGCGGGGCUGGGGGGCCGGGUGGUGGUGGGGGCGGAGGGAGGCGCAUGUCGCCAGUGGGUCUCUGCCGGCGCCACGCGACGCACGCCGCGCCCGCGCCACUAGCGCUCGCAUUGCUCGGGAGCUCCCGCACGAGAGGCGACCGGGAACACGCCUGUGAAAUCCCCGCUGGGAGUCGAACGCGGUUCCGGGGUCGAAGUCUCGCGCGACGCCCGAGUAGUUGUCAGAUAGAGACGUCAGUUGUCAUCGCCCAACGCACAACGCACAACGCACCCCCGCCACCACCAGCCGGCAGCCGCUCACGAGCUACGAAGCGGGCGCGGCUCGGCGGGGCGCGAGGCUUGGGCGCUCCGGGCGGCGCUGCGGCGGCUGCGAGACGCGUGGCUUGCACAGCGAACAACAACUUG